GCAUUUAAUAAAAACCCUCUCAAAUUCUUAGGAGCUGGGAAAGAGAAGGACAACAAUCUAUUACCAUUAAUUUACAAUCAUACCAAGUAAUAUCACAGAUUGACUGUAGUUGAAUCCUCCAAACAAUGCUAGUCUAGUUUAUGUGUCAUUAUUAUAUUAACUGAUCAAUUACUGCAUAUAAUGAAUAGCCUUAACAGCUGCAUCUGUUUCUAUGGCUCGUUAUGGAUAUUAUUCAAUGGAGAGUAACGAAAUAUCAUUCAGUGAGGGAGAGCACCUGGGGAUAUUAGAGAAGGAGAGUAGUUUUUGGUGGAAAGGAAUAUCCUUGGUGUCUUAUGAUAAGGGAUACAUUCCUAGUAGUUGUGUUUACUCAUUGUUGGAGUCACUUCAAUUGUUAGAGUUUAUACUGUCAGUGGAAGAAGUGUCCCUUCCUAUUUUACAGAAAAUUAGAAAUGAUUCAUUUAGUAAUGACGAGAAAGCUUCUCUUUUCUUGGAGAUUAUUAAUGAUGAUCAUAUUAUGAUACCUGCACUGAGACAAGACAAAGAACAACAUGAUAAUGGAGUUACUGGGAGAGUGAACUGGGACAGUGACUGGGUAUUCCUUGAUUCUCCAUCUCCAGUUCAGUGUAAUGAAGCAUUUGAUAAUAAUCAUGAGGAGAUUAAGCUUAGCUUCUCAUCCACAUGUACUAAUAGUACAGUAUCUCUAUUAUCAUCAACUAAACUUCAUACACUACACCUGAGGAGACUUGAGAUAUGGCGCACUCCAUUAACUAAUGAUUGUAUCCAGUACUUGUGUACUCUACUAACUAAUAAUGAAACAAUACAAGAACUAGUCAUCAAUGGCCACUCUAUUAGUGAUAGAGGAGUUAUUUAUGUCUGUCAAGCACUUGAACACAACUCUACACUUACCUUAUUAGAUCUUUAUCGCAAUCCUCUUAUUACUUCUGCUAGUGAACAAGCUCUUUCUCACCUCCUCUUCAAUAACUCAUCACUAGUUAAACUGGAUCUAUGGAGGACUUCAUUGUCAUCUCACUCAAUACUAUGUAUUCUACAGUCUUUAUCAAACAAUAAUAAGAAUUUAACAACACUCACACUAGACAAGCAACAUGAGAAGACCUGUAUUAAUACUAUUCCUAGCUAUCACCUCAUACAAGACAGAGUCCGUUGGUGGUAACUAUAUAAUCACUCUUAAUGUGAACUUAUUUAUAAUAUUUUCUUGAUACAAUAAUUAGAGCUAUUAUGCCAAGACAGUUCAUCUUCACCAAUAAGCAGCCAAUCAGAAUACAUACACUACUUUACAUGAUAAAAGGUGGACCAGUGACACAUUGUAUUAUCAAUAAUCUAACCCAUGAACAUUUCUUGCUGAUCUCUCAUCAAUCUCUCUCUCUCCUUUACCAGGAUACUGUAAAUUCCUUCUUUUACUGACACACACUCAUCUCUCUUUGUUGUCAUCAUUUCAUUCUAUUUCCCUCUCCUUUAUUUCUACCUCUUUCUCAGCCUUUAAUAACUUUUCUCAAGCUGACCUUCCUCCAUUUCAUGUCAGCAAUUAAGUCAGCCUUGUUUCUGGCAUUGUUAAAAUAUACAUGUCCAUAUGUA